GUUCUUCGCACUUUUCGGAAAACGCAAACAAAACCAGAUGGGCUCCUCAUUUGCAGCCCACCUCUCUGCGAAGCCAACAGGACGCCCCACCCACCCACCCCAUCCUUGUGAAGGUGGCCAGAGGAUCCUGGCCACUCCCUAGACACUUGGGUGUAGCCUAACAGGAGCCACUGGAGAGUGACCCAGAGUGUGUUGAAUCCAGAAAACCUUAAUGACUAGAGACUCAUUAUCUAAAGCCUGUUUACUGUCAAUCAGAUACUUUAGCUGAAUUUAAGUGGCAUCUGCCCCACCCAGAAGGAAGAAGCUACGCAGGGGGUUGUUCGGGGUUAAAGAGCAAAAGGCUAAGAACUUUGGGAGCCGGAGACAGAAGGGUGGGCAGAUGAUGUCUGAUACCUCAGUCCAGGCAAAAAUGGCCAGUUAUAGAAGCACCGGUUUACAGGAGCGUGGGUAGUCAAUAUGCAUUUCCAGGGUGUUGGACUGUGCUUGGGUCUCCUGUUCAUCACGGCCAAGGCGGAUUUUGUGGAUGAUGGUGUUGAGGUGGAAGACUUCAGUGAGAGUUCAGACGAGAGUGAUUUUAAAGACGAACCUUCCUCGGGGACUAUUAAAUAUAAGACACCUCAACCUAUAGGAGAAGUAUAUUUUACAGAAACAUUUGAUAGUGGAAAUCUGUCUGGGUGGGUCUUAUCAAAAGCAAAGAAGGAUGAUAUGGAUUCAGAAAUUUCUAUAUAUGAUGGAAGAUGGGAAAUAGAGGAGCUGAAGGAAAACCAGGUGCCUGGUGACAGAGGGCUGGUUCUGAAGUCUAAGGCCAAGCACCAUGCGAUAUCUGCUGUCCUCGAGAAACCCUUUAUUUUUGCCGAUAAACCUUUGAUAGUUCAAUAUGAAGUAAAUUUUCAAGAUGGUAUUGACUGUGGAGGCGCCUACGUUAAGCUGCUAGCAGACACUGGUGACUUGAUUCUGGAAAACUUUUAUGAUAAAACAUCGUAUACCAUCAUGUUUGGACCAGAUAAAUGUGGAGAAGACUAUAAGCUUCAUUUAAUCUUCAGACACAAACAUCCCAAAACCGGAGUUUUUGAAGAAAAGCACGCCAAACCUCCAGAUGUGGAUCUGAAAGAGUUCUUUACGGACCGGAAGACUCACCUGUAUACCCUCGUGAUGAAUCCGGAUGACACGUUUGAAAUAUUAAUCGAUCAGAAAGUUGUGAACCAAGGGACCUUGCUAGAGGACGUGGUCCCACCUAUCAAUCCACCCAGAGAAAUUGAUGACCCGAAUGACAGAAAGCCAGAGGAGUGGGAUGACAGAGCCAAGAUCCCCGACCCCACCGCCGUCAAGCCAGAGGACUGGGAUGAAAAGGAACCCAUACAAAUCGAAGACCCGAGUGCUGUUAAGCCUGACGGCUGGCUCGAUGAUGAACCAAAAUUUAUCCCCAAUCCUAAAGCUGAGAAACCCGAAGACUGGAGUGACAGCAUGGAUGGAGAAUGGGAGGCGCCACACAUUCCUAACCCAGCCUGUCAGAUCGGAUGUGGAGAAUGGAAACCUCCCAUGAUAGAUAACCCAAAAUACAAAGGGAUCUGGAGACCACCGAUGAUCAAUAACCCUAACUACCAGGGAAUCUGGAGUCCUCAGAAAAUUCCUAACCCGGAUUAUUUUGAAGAUGACCACCCAUUCCUUCUGACUUCUUUCAGUGCUCUGGGCUUAGAGCUUUGGUCCAUGACUCCUGACAUCUACUUUGAUAAUUUUAUCAUCUGUUCAGAAAAGGAGGUGGCGGAUCAGUGGGCUGCAGAUGGCUGGGAGCUGAAGAUAAUGGUGGCAAAUGCCAAUGAGCCCGGCGUCCUCCGACAGUUAACAACAGCAGCAGAGGAACGCCCCUGGCUCUGGCUCAUGUACCUGGUGAUGGCUGGGUUGCCCAUCGCUUUAGUUACUUCAUUUUGUUGGCCAAGAAAAGUAAAGAAAAAAUAUGAAGACAUAGGGCCUAAAAAAGCUGACUUAUGUCAACUGCCAAGCAAGGCCGCUCUGGAACAGGAACCUGAGGAGGAGAAGGCCCCAGAGAAGCCCGAAGAUUUGCAAGAGGAAAAGAAGCCAAGUGAAACUGAAGUUGUCAUCGUGGAAAAGGAAGAAGUAAUUGGAGAACCGGAAGAGAAGAGUGAGGAAGACGCAGAAACUAUAGAAGGGCAAGAGGAAAUGACCAAGUUGAGUAAAUCUGGAUCAGAGGAUGAGAUGAAGGAUGCUGAUGAGAGCACAGGAUCUGGAGACGCCCCAGUGAAGUCAUUGCGCAAGAGGAGGGUACGAAAGGACUGACACACGCACGUCAAGUGUUGCAAAUCCCAAAGCGAGAUCUGGCAUCGAGAGUUAGGAUGCCCAAAAGGACAGUGACCGCGCAUCUGCACAAACUCUAAGUAUCUAGCAAUGUUACUUUCAUUCUUUCAGGGUGGGGGGAAGGGGAUGCAGGGGAAGUAACUUUGAAGUUAACAGGUCUUUGGAUUUAGAAUAAAAAGAAAAAUGGCACCUCA